AAUCCCCUACCCCCCAAGAAUGGACUCAAGAUGUGCAAUUCUAUGUGAAGUUUUACUUGCAAUCUUGCUUCCUCCUCUUGGUGUUUGCCUUCGCCAUGGUUGCUGCACUGUGGAGUUCUUGAUUUGCUUGGUGUUGACCAUAUUGGGCUAUGUUCCUGGAAUUAUCUAUGCUCUCUAUGCUAUCCUUUGUGUUGACCGUGAACCACCAUAUGAUCAUUAUCGCGAUCUUGCUUAAAAUAUUACUAUAAUUGUUAAUCUUUUUCAUUUGCCUUAUUGAAUACACCAUUUCAUAUUGUGUCGUCGUCUUGUUUCAGCUUGUAUUUUACUUCUGUGCUUGUAAUUUAGACUUCAACUUUGGAUGAAUUAUACCCUAUGUCACUUGUUCUGAAUCAACUGUUGCAGUUUAAAUUUAUGGAUUGGUCCCCU